UGUAGCCGGAGCCCUACUAACCAAGGGGUCCGAGUGUAGACACGAAGUCGCAGGAUUGUGAGGACUGCUUUAGUCCACUGAAGCUCCAUUCACAUGUUCAGCCACAGUCAGGUGUUACACUCUGAGGAAGAGAUAUGAAGGACUCGCAGCUCACAGCCGUCAAAAUGCGUCUAUGGCCGAAAGAGAAAACGAGCAAAAAAUCCAAAGAUGACUCUCCGAAGACGCAAAAACCAGCCAAGCCCCUGGCUUCUGCUGCCACGUGUGCCACCCCGCAGCUGACUGACGCAGAGAGGAGAGCGCAGUCUCCGUUUGAGAGGAUCGUCUAUGACAUGACCCACAACGAGAAGAUCGUCAAUGACCUCGUGCUCGGUCGAAGGAUCGGCUUUUACGAGCUGCGUGGAGAAAUCGGGCAAGGCAACUUCUCUACAGUUAGGCUGGGCAUCCAUGCCUUGACGAAAGAGAGAGUAGCUGUUAAAAUCAUGGACAAGCUGCAUCUGGAUAAGAAGAAACAGCCUCUGACUUCCUCAGAGAUCAGCUGCAUGGAGAAGCUGUGCCACCCCAACAUAGUGCGCCUUUAUGAGGUGAUGGAGACGAGCCGGAAGCUGUAUCUGGUCAUGGAGUACGGCAGCGGUGGAGACUUGUUCUCUCGAAUCACCACGAGGGGGAAGCUUAACGACCUGGAAGCCAAGCUGGUCUUCGCACAAAUCAUCUCUGCUGUUAAGCACAUGCACGACUGCAACAUCAUCCACCGAGACCUGAAACCGGAGAACAUCUUCUACACCACCAGCUUUUGCAUCAAAGUUGGGGAUUUUGGCUUCAGCACAGAGAGCAGCCCUGCUGAGCUUCUCACCACCUUCUGUGGCUCUCCGCCCUACGCUGCUCCUGAACUUUUUAAGGAAAAGGGAUACUCCGGACGUUACUCAGACAUUUGGGCUUUAGGUAUUCUCUUGUACUUCAUGACAACAGCAACUUUACCCUUUUAUGGGGAAAAUCUGGGCAGGCUGAAGCGCUGCAUCCUCCAGGGGGCUUACCGUAUCCCCUCUUAUGUGCCAGAUCCGUGCCAGCUGGUCAUCAAAGGCAUGCUGCGGAUUGUGCCUGCUGAUCGCUCCUCUUUAACGCAGAUUUCAGACAGUGCUUGGCUGAAGGGGAUUGAGUUCCCUCGUCCCUAUACGCCGUUGCCACUGUCUCCUGCUCACUUUGCACAGACAAAUCAGACUCUGUGCGUGGAAGAGCAAGAGGUAAAGAGUUUGCUGUCGGAUCUCGGGGUCGUGGCGCUUCAUUUCCAGAAUAACCCCUGCUUGGACUGCAGGAAUCCACUGACAGGGGCCUAUCGGAUCCUCCUCCAUCGAGUCCAGAAGAGGAGGUUGGUCGAGGCUGUGGGUUACUCUGUGCUCCAACCAGAUGAGUACGAGAGUCCGAGCAAGUGGUCUGCAGCAUCAGUUGACAAACACAAUCCUUCCACUGUAUGUGCAAUACUAUAACGACAAAGAGCUGCACCGGACUCCUUCAUUUGUGGCACCAAAGCGACUUUAUCACAUGUGUGCGCUCUCAUGCAGUCCAGGUAUUAUGUUACAUGCCUGUGAUUACAUCACCAACGGCAAGAUUACUGACGCAAAACACCUAUCAAUCACUAAAUGGCUAUCAGCAUCUUCCAAUCCUUCUUAGUCAGGACAUAAAUCUGACCUAAUCCAGGUAAGCCUAAUGAGACAGCCACAAGGGAACAUGCUUGGCCCAACAGAAAGUAAAAAAGAAAAUGUGUAUCAGGAGGAAAUAUAAGAAAAAGAGAGAAAACAAAAAAUAAAUUGUAAAAUUAGCCUACCGCAUUUGCAUUACAGCAAAUGCCUCAAAUGCCUUCAUUGGGUAUGCAUGUGACGUAAAAGUGAUUAUAAAUGCAGUUCACGUUGUUCACUAAGGAGGAGAGUCAAGCGCACAAUGAAUGUUGAGAGUUUACCUUGGUGUUAUUAUAUCUAUUUUUUUCAUAUCUUUGUAAAUUAUUCUCAUGUUUGCUCACAUUUUAAAGCAAUGUUUUCAUAAAUCCUCCAGGGAUGCUGCCCUGAGCUUCAAGCCACGCUGUAUCAGUAAUUCUAGCAAAGAUUAAGGCCAGAUUCAUUAAACAGAAUAAAGUUAUUUUCAAACAGUAA